AUGUCUUCUGGACCUAUUCCUGCGUUUGGAGGCUUCAACGGAGACCAGAUCCGUUUCCUAGCCAUGAUAAUGAAGCAUUCCAAGACCAUGCCCAAGAACGAGGAGAUUGACUGGGAGGGUGUUGCCAAAGACAUGGAACACAUGUCUGCCAGUGCAGCCCAACAGAGAUAUAUGUGUUUCCAACUGUGCACUGGGGUUGGCCAUAAUAAGGAGAGCAUUACUGCUGCUCCAUUUCCAUUCCACAGCGUCCAAGGCGAGCUGCAGGAGAGAGCUGUUGACCUUUCAUCUCCCUCUGCCGUCAACUUUGGAGAGUCGCAAGAGGGUACUGCUACCUCCUCGUCUCCGCUCAUCAUCAAAUCUGACGGGCUGCAGGAUGGUGCUGCUGCCCCUUCCUCUUUCAUUGCCAAUCACGGCGAGCUGCAGGAUGGUCUUGCUGGCCCCUCCUCUCAAUUCACUAUAAAUCACAACGAGCUGCGAAAUGGUGCUGUUAGCCCCCAGUCUCCAUUCACCAUCAAUUUUGACGAGCUGCAGGAGGAUACUGCUGUGUUGUCUCCUUUUACUGCCGAUCAGGAUGAGCUGCAGGAGCGUGCUGCUGAUACUUCAUCUCCUCUAAUCUUCCGUCCCCUACAGCUGAAGGGCACGCAGGCACCGUCUCUCCUUCAGAAACUCCAACUCUGUUCUGAGCUUCAGCAUAGGAUCCAGCUUUUCCGAGAAAUUUCAACCCAGGAGAUCGCGCUGCUCCAGGAUUUUGUCAUGGAGACCGGCAAGGCCCCCCUUUGCAUCAGUAAGGAGCUCAUGGCGCACGGCCUCACCCUGCUGGACUGA